AUGGCGUUGAAGUCAAAUUUAGAUCUGGCAUUUGAUUGCGACAACUUUCCAUACUAUUCGGACAGCCCAGAGAUAUACUUGGCCAAGUUGGCGGAGUACUAUCAUUUCAAAUUGGAAGGAUGUGACGCAACAUUGGGCUACAUGCCUGCGAGGAUAGCAACACAGAUGCCCAUCAACAAGCACUGGAGCCGAGAUGAUGAACGAAAGACUCUUACGUUUCAGCCUCGUGACGAUGAAGGAGCACCCGUCGUGGAUUUCGAAUCACGGAAUUGGAUACUGGCAGAUUUUCUGUACGAAGUACGGGAGAAGAAGAUUUUCCAGGUGCUGAAUGGAUGGCGGAGUGAACGCUUUCCUAUCUAUGGACCUCAGAAGGAGACCCUUUUGAGUAUGGAACGCUCGGCAACACCACUCUUCGGCGUUGUCACCUACGGUGUGCACAUGACAGGCUAUGUUGAGACAGACCAGGGCUUGAAAAUAUGGGCACCACGCCGAGCAUUGAACAAACAGACGUAUCCUGGCAUGAUGGACAACACGGUGGCUGGUGGACUCGCGAUCGGUGAAAAGCCAUUUGAGUGCUUGAUUCGAGAGGCAGAGGAGGAGGCCUCCCUUCCCGCUGAUCUGGUCCGCACAGCUCAAGCCUGUGGUGCUGUCACUUAUUUCCUUGUUCGAGACCCCAAAGCUGGAGGAGAGACGGAUCUCUGCCAGCCAGAGGUCGAAUAUGUGUAUGAUCUCAAAAUGCCACCAGAGAUCACCCCUCAACCCAGUGAUAACGAAGCUAUCGACUUUCAACUUUUGACGAUUGAAGAGGUCAAGGAUGCCAUGGCUGCUGGCAAAUUCAAACCGAAUUGCGCUCAUGUGUUGUUGGACUUCUUUAUGAGACAUGGCAUAUUGACGCCAGAGAACGAGCCUGAUUAUGUCGAAAUCCUCGCAAAAGUCCACCGGAGGUUGGAGUUUCCAACCAUUUAA